UAUAUUGGUUGUUGUAUUGGCUGCUGCUACCUGUGCAAUAAGAUACAAAGAUACUCGGGCACUCUGUAAGUAUCUUGCUCGGGGUGAUUUGGUGGAAGAAGUAUAGAAGUAGUGUAUAGAGUGUAUAUACAAUAAGCCGCCUGAGUCUUGGCCACUAUAGCUCAAGCACAAGAUACUCGCUCUUAUAGAGGUAUCUGUGUGUUUUGGUUUUGACUUUUGCCGCACCACAUCAGAGUUAUAGUACUCGUAGUCGUAGCCUCGUAGCCGUGCUCUGUUUUAUCCAGUGGUGUGUGUUUUGGUGCGCUAUUUUCCUCCAGAAGGUCAUGGUUAGAUAUUGGCGAUCCCGAACGGACAGUAUUAGUUGAUCAUUGAAUGAAAUGGGUCUUCUUCUCGCUAGCGCGCUGAGAAUUUUUUUUGUGUGUUAUAUUAUAAUUUUUUAAACAAUAAAGAUAGAAAGUAUAUCUUUUAGAUAGUUUUUUUAAAAUAUAUAUUGUUGUAGUUUUGUGGACUUUAUCGGGAUUUUAUAAUUUCUCAAAUAUACGUUUCGUAGCUCGUUAAUAAUAUUUCUUGUUAAUUUCGCGGACGGAAAAUAAUGCAUAAACGGUUAAUAAGUGAAGGAAAAAUAAUGACAAGUCACUUCUGAAGACCUAAAUUUUAUAGUUUUAUUCAAAAAAUAUUUCAAAAUAAUUUGUGAAAAAUAUUGGAAUAUUUAAAUACUCCUUAUUCAUGAAAAAAGUGUGUUUUGAUAUUGAAUCAAAUUAGAAUCUUAAGUCAAGAGGAACACAUUUAAAUAAAUAAAAAUAAAUAAAUAAAUAAAUAAUUGUCACAAUGGAAACUUGUGUAUUAAUACCACAAGAAUUUUCCCUUGCUUUGGCCUCAACACCAGCGGGAAUUUUAAACGAACAACAAAUAACAGUAUGGACAACAAUGGGAAUUCCACAAGGAACAUUAUUUUAUCCAUUUCAAGGAACAAUUCGUAUUGACACAUUGGAUACAUUCAAAUAUUUAGAAGAUGAAGAUGUUCGCUACCGUUUCGGGCUGUACGAUGAAAUCUCAUACACAUUCGGCAAACGUGUACGCCAUUGUAAUUGGAUUCGUUUCUUACGGGUAUCGGAAUCGUAUGGAUCUCAAGUUAACAUGGUCUGCACCAAGGUUAAGGGUGAACCGAUCUAUGAAGUUGUCAAACCGAUUACAACCCAUCAAGAGCUUGUUGUGUACUUUUUACCCGAACGUCCCGAAGAAUUGCUAUUUAUGCAAAUGCGAGCCUCACUCUAUCGCCAGACCAUGGAUUCAAUACUUGAAGGUUCACCAUUAGAUCUCUCAAUGUCCUUGCUAAAUCGUGUGAUCCUGCCAAUCUCACCGUCAUCCAGCAGCGAAGACGAGCAUAAAUCAAUUUCGAGUGAUUCAUCAGCGGGAUCGAUAUCGUCGCUGAACGAGAACACCAGUGAUCAUCUGAUCAGUACGGCAACGGCCCAUCAGCUGGAACGUGAUAUCAACAAUGGCAUUCACCAUCAUUCGCAUCACCAUCAUCAUCAUCAUCAGCGGACACCGCAACGUGCUCGCAGUGGCCGUGGUGAACGUUCACUUUUACCAUGCGAAGUUUGCGGUAAGGCAUUCGAUCGUCCCAGCUUGCUGAAACGUCAUAUGCGUACGCAUACAGGAGAAAAACCUCAUGUGUGUAUGGUGUGCGGCAAGGGCUUCAGUACGUCGAGCUCAUUAAAUACACAUCGGCGGAUACAUUCUGGUGAGAAACCCCAUCAAUGUCAAGUUUGUGGGAAACGUUUUACGGCCAGCUCGAAUUUAUAUUACCAUCGAAUGACACAUAUUAAGGAAAAACCCCACAAAUGUAACCUUUGUGCCAAGUCAUUCCCAACACCAGGUGAUCUUAAAUCUCAUAUGUACGUUCACAGUGGUUCAUGGCCCUUCAAGUGUCAUAUUUGCUCCCGAGGAUUCUCAAAGCAUACAAAUUUGAAAAAUCAUCUCUUCUUGCAUACUGGUGAUAAACCUCAUGGAUGUGAGCUGUGUAAUAAGAAAUUCGCCUUGGCGUGUAAUUUAAGGGCGCACAUGAAAACUCAUGAAGGAGACCCACAAGAUGAAUGCGUUCGGUGUGGUAAAGUUUUUCUAACAUCAGCAAAUGGCUUAAAUCAAGGUGUUUGCACAAAAUGCUCUAAAGAUCCAGCGGCGACUGAAACUGUUAAGACUGGCUUCCGUUCAGCGGGUGAAACAACCACUGAAGAUGAAUCAUCAAAUGGUGAAACUGAAUAUAGUGACAAGUGAAUUGAAUAAGUUCACCAUGACGUGGUGUUAAAAUAUUAACUGAUUCUCCUCUGUGUAAAUUAUACUUCUGAGCCAUUGUAUAUUUUUUCUCUCUCUCUUACUUUUUGUGUUUUAAUUUUUUGUUUGUUUGUUUUGAAGCGAUCUCGUCUUGAAAUUAUUAUUAUUUUGUUUAAUGAUUUUUACUUAAUAAUUCUUAUGGUUAAUUAACUGAUUCUUUGUUUGAUGAUUAUUAUUAUUAUUUUGUCGUGUGCACCACCCACCAACCCACUUUUUCCACUCAUGUUGUCUGUGUGUUUUUAUUCUUUAUUAUCACUUUUUAUUUCUUAUAGCAAUUGUCCAAAGUUAUGUAUUAUUAUUAUUAUUAUUAUUAUUUUUGUAUGAUUAUCUUUAUAACAAAAAGAAGAAAAUAAUAUUAUACAGUUUUAAUUUUUAAUUUUAUUUUUUUUAAUAAUUAUUAUGUUUUGUGUCUUUGUAUAUAACACCAAAUCAUGUUUUUUUAAAAUACUUUUUUUUUAAGUUUUUCUUUUUUUAAUAUUGUAUUAUUGUUUAUUGAAAAUAUUUUACUAAGUUGAAAUACAUAAGAAACAAAUAAAACAAUAACGAGUAU